GAACGUGAACGUGGUCGCUGAGUUGAUUUUGUGCGUCUUGUUGUGUGCCAUUUUUCGGAAAUUGAAGCAAAAUGGCUAAUCCAAACCAGGAGAUCAAGUACACUAAGUUGUUCAUCAACAACCAGUUUGUGGACGCCCAGAGCGGCAAGACCUUCCCGACCCUCAACCCGGCCACCGGCCAGAAGAUCGUUGACAUUGCCGAAGGUGACAAAGCCGAUGUCGAUGCCGCAGUUCAGGCAGCCAAGGUCGCGUUUGCCCGCAGCUCUCCAUGGCGUCAGAUGGAUGCAUCGGGUCGCGGAAAACUACUGUACAAGUUGGCUGACCUGAUCGAACGGGACAUCAACGUGCUGGCCAACUUGGAAUCGCUGGACAAUGGUAAGGCUUUCGCAGAUGCGGUGUUCGACAUGAACUGUGCCAUCGAUACGUUCCGUUACUAUGCCGGCUGGGCGGAUAAGAUUCACGGAAGCACGAUCCCUUCGGAUGGUCCGGUCAUGACCUACAUCAGGAAGGAACCGGUUGGUGUGGUUGGUCAGAUCAUUCCCUGGAACUACCCGGUGCUGAUGUUGACCUGGAAGUGGGCUCCGGCUCUGGCUACUGGAUGCACUCUGGUACUGAAACCGGCCGAGCAGACUCCACUGAGUGCGCUCUACAUGGCUGCUCUGUCGAAGGAAGCUGGUUUCCCAGAUGGAGUCAUCAACGUGGUCAACGGAUACGGACCUACGGUGGGAGCGGCCAUCGUUAACCAUCCGGAUAUAAGGAAGGUUGCAUUUACUGGAUCGGUCGAAACAGGUCGUUUGAUCAGCGAAGGUUCUUCCAAGUCAAACCUGAAGCGGGUAUCGCUGGAACUGGGCGGCAAGAGCCCGCUUGUCAUCUUCGAUGAUUUUAAUGUGGACGAAGCAGUUGAGAUCGCCCACAAUGCGAUCUUCGCAAACCACGGACAGAACUGCUGCGCCGGAAGCCGCACGUUCGUACAGGAAGGCAUUUACGACGCAUUUGUGGCGAAGGCCACCGAAAUGGCCAAGGCUCGCAAGGUUGGUGAUGCAUUUGCCGAGGGUACUCAACAGGGUCCCCAGGUGGACGAAGAGCAGUUGAACAAGAUUUUGGGAUUCUUUGAAUCGGCCAGCAAGGAGGGCGCCAAGCUUCAGACCGGUGGAAAGCGCUUCGGAAACGUUGGAUACUUUGUGGAACCGACGGUAUACUCCGAUGUUAGCGAUAGCAUGAAAAUCGCUCGCGAAGAAAUCUUCGGCCCUGUUCAGAGCAUUCUGAAGUUCAAAACCUUGGACGAGGCUAUCGAGCGAGCCAACAACACCGAGUUCGGUUUGGCAGCGGGAGUCCUAACGAACAACCUCAACAACGCGUUGACGUUCGUGAACGCCGUAGAAGCUGGAUCCGUUUGGGUCAACUGUUAUGAUUACGUCUGCCCAACGACUCCCUUUGGUGGGUUCAAGCAAUCCGGACAUGGACGUGAGCUGGGAUACGAAGGAAUCGAACUGUACACGGAAACGAAAACCGUAACCAUCAAGCUGCCAUCGAAGGUCUGAAAAGGUCACAAAGGAAUAUUAAUGAAAGUGAAAUCUUCCUCCGGUGAUGAUCGUUUAAAUAAAAACAAUCCGCUCAAAUCAA